AUGAAAGGAACGGCGAUACAAGAGACGAUCGUCAUUCCGAGAAUGGACAGAGCGUCAUUUGGAGCGGUGGCUACACCAAAUACAUCAUUGUCCAAAAACCUUGGAGUGAGUUGGGUCUACUGGGAUGGGGUGGUUGAGGUCGAAGAAUUGGUUGUUGAGGAAAUUAAUUCAGCUGUGCCUGUUGAGACGUGGCAGUAUACAGUCAGGCUCCCAUUGUUUUAUAGCAAGUCCAAGUGCUUACAAAGUUUAUAG